CCUGAGCCUGGCCUGUCACGUAUAAUGGACGACGGUUUGCGUUGUUCGUAUCACACAUCCAUGAAAAUGAAUGCCCGUCAGUUCUCACUCACACGAGGCAGACAGUCAUUGACAUCUCGAUCGAGAGUCACUUGCAUUGAAUGCAUUGCAUGUCUCUUCCACCACACCACCCCACACGCACGCCCAUCCAUCCAUCCACGGCAAGCAGCCAGACCACAAGAGACCAUGGAUCAUUGGAACAGUCAGCCAGCGAAACAGACGGCCCUAUCUGUCUCUCAGCACCUACCGGCCAUCCCCACCCACUCGCCCUGCCACCGUCAUCUGCCCAUGCGUAGCCGACAUACCAACUCACCAGACGCGUGGAAAUCCGGCGACCUGACGAGUGCGGCAUGCCGGCAGCGAACGAGCAUAUGGCGGUGAGAGUGCACAAGGGACGGACAGACGAAUGAACAGAUGACACACGCCAAAAGCACGACGAUCUUUCUUGACUGACAUCUCAUUCUUCUCACAAGCUCCACCCACACGAGCAGCCAGGGAGCGAGUGCAGCCUCCUCAGCUAGACGUGUGCUGGAACAAGAUGAGAAGAGACGAGCCGUCAGUAUCGUCCAACCAACAAAGGCAAGCCAGCCAGCCAGCCAGGUAGCCUGCUCAGCGAGCAGGGCCCUAUGAAUUAGCAGACUUAACAGCCAGGAGUGAGCUCUCACACAACUACAGACAAACAAAGUUUCGCUCGUUCAUGGAAUGAUCGAUCGCAUCCACCCUCCCGACAUGUCUGCCCUCGUGUACUCCCGGAGACCCGCGAGCCUGCCCCAUCACACCGAGUGGCCCGCACGCACUUGACAUCGUGCGACCAAUGAGUCCGAUGGAAGCAUACGACAGGUCUGCAGAAGCUCCUGAAGGCAGCCAGGAAAGGGCUCAGAAUGACACCAUGCCCGCGAAAAAAGAUACGCAGGAGUGAGUAGAAGAAGCCGGUGCCUCACUCAUUCACUCGCCCCACUCAUUCGAUCCCGCCAGGCAGCCAGCCAAGGCGACAGCCAGACAGCACCAACCCAUAAACUUGUCAGUCACUGCUUCGUAGCUUCGUCUCUCGUCUCUUCUCGUCACCCUCACACACGGCAAAACCCACACACGCUCCGUGUGCUCACAUGAAUGAAGGCAGCCAGCCAUCCAGCCAUCCAGCCAGUGAGUGAGAAUGCAAAAACGCCGCACAACACACGACAUGACAUGAUGACACACACGUACACAUACACGCAUGCAUAGCCACGCGAACUCUAUUCUGCCUGUCUUUCCUUGUCGUCUUGUCUGUCUCAUGGUCUGCCUCUCUGUCCCGGUUCCCUGCUGGCGCGUCGACCAAGCACAAUGAACCCACAGGUAUGCACACACACACACUCAAACACUCACACGUCAUGCCAUGCGUCAGCAUACACCACACCACACCGAACGAAGCAAUCAUCCCAUCCACCGUCCCUCUUUGUCUGCCUUUCUCUGUCUCUCUGUCUCUCUGUCAUUCUUUCUGUGUUCCCGCCCUCAUACUCAGUAAAAAACUACCAAUAUGAAGGCAGGCCCGGGUGUGUGUAGGAGGGAGGGAGCGAGGGAGGGGUGGCUCAUCCGUCCGUCCGUCCGGCUAUGUGUUUGUAGGAGCUGGUACAAAAUAAACAGCAGCACACACGUGUGUGUGCGCAUUGCAAGCAGGCAUGCAUGCAUAAAGAGAGAGAGAGAGGCCAUAUACAUGCAUUUGUGUGUAAAUGGCCGCCCCCACCCACCUAGGCAGCCAUCGGCGCGUGUGUGUAUGAGUGAUGCAUCAGUCAGUUAGCACUGGUGGGUGUGGAGCACAUGGCGAAUGCCUUCUUCAACUUGGCCAUGAACCCCAUAGCUGCACAGGACACACACAGAUCGGCCGCAACACGUAUUCACGCGUCCCCCAUUGUGUGUGUGCCUGCUUACGUGCAUCGGCGGCCUUGUCGUCAGCGGGUGUGAGUCGGAGGUAGUUGAUGCCCGACGGCACCUUGCACGUGUGGCACAUGGGGAAGUGCUUCUUCUGGUCCUCCUCAGUCACCGUAGGCAGCAGAAACACCCACCCUACACACAACCACAUCCACAUAUACAUACACACCGCCGCUCCCUUUGUCUCUCUCUCUCUCUCUCUCUCUUUCUGUGUGUGUGUGUGUGUGUGUUUCCCUGACCUCUCUUGCCGAUGUUUUCGUGGUUGUUUGGCCAGUUGGCUGGUGUGGCGAUGGAUGCCUUUGCGGAGAGCUGGAGUGCCUUGGUGGCCCGGACGAUCUCAUCCAUGUUCCUCCCGACCGAUGCGGGGUAGUUGAGCAUCAGCUUGAGCUUCUUGUCGGGGCCGAUGAUGAAGACCGCACGGCAGGUCAGGGGCAGACCGUCCUGUUAUAUGUAACAUGUGGCAGCACACAUUACACACAGGAUGCAUGUGUGUGGGUUGGGGCACCUGUGUGUGUGUGUGUGUGUGUGUGUGGAUCGCUCACCUUGUCUUUCUCUGAGGGGUCGAGCAUGCCAUACCUGCACAGACACACAUACACCCACACAGACACACAGAUGGAAUCCAUAAGUACAUCCAUGGCCGUCUGCCUGUCUGUGUGUCCAUUUGUGUGUUGUCUGUGUGUACUUGACGGCAACGUCCCGCGACUCGUCACCGAUGAUGGGGAAGUCAAUGGUGAUGCCGUUCUCGCAGUGGGACACCACGUCGGACAGCCACUUCUUGUGGUCGUCCACCUUGUUGCAGCUCAACGUCGCUACCUGAAUCAACGAACCAUGUGAUCCACACACACACAGACAGACUCAUACAUUAAUGGAAGCGUCCACCCAUGUGUGUGCAUGCGCACCUUGACUCCCAUGUCGCUGAGUUCUGGCCAGAGCACACACACACGCACACACACACACGACACAUUGACAGGGAGACAUGUGACACAUGAGAGACACUUCUCUGUAGGUGUCUGUCGUGUGCAUGCCCACCAAACGGUUACCGCACCCUUUUACCUUUGUAUUUGAUGGCCAGCCUGCCGAUCUCUGUGGUGCAGACGGGGGUGAAGUCGGCAGGGUGCGAGAACAGAAUGGCCCAGCUGUCGCCAAUCCAGUCGUGAAACGACGGCAUGUACCUGGAACACACACACAUGCACACUGUCAGGCACAUGCAGAUCUCCCUCCAUCCCUCCCCCACGCAUCCGCACCCAUGUGUGGUGUCACUAGCGAAGUCAGGCACGAUGUUGCCGAGGCGCAGGACGCCGUCUGAGGAUUGAGCCGUGUACAGGGACGCAUACUUGGUCGCGCCAGAGGGGACCGACAUCGUGCGAGACAGGCGAGAGAUCUGUUGCAGAUAGUGACACACGGGGUAGGGAGGUGC